AUGGCCAACGAACCAAAGUCCUUGACUCAUGAGUCUCAUCUCCAGCAUAAGUCUUCACAUUUCUUCACACAGACCCACAGAGCUACAGACCUUAAAAUAUUGACCAACUCCAGGAUUAAGAACCCUUUGGCCGGCAUCUCCCAGGCAACUUUGCUCAAAAAUGUCGAGGAAUUCGCACUGGAAAAGGGGCUCUCCGAACACACAGCUAUUUUGCAGAAGGGUGCCCUCGUUGCAAAGGACCCCGCCAACUAUGAAGAUAUCACUGGAGAACAUGCGCUGAGCCCUGAUGAAGUCAAUCAGCUCCGCAAUGAAGUUCUACACAAGUGGCGUCACCCUUGGGCACUUUACGUGACUAUAUUUACCUGUUCCAUUGGUGCAGCGGUUCAAGGAUGGGAUCAAACUGGUUCCAAUGGAGCCAAUCUGUCUUUCCCGGAAGUCUUUGGAAUUGGCAGCGACAGCACUAAGGAUACACUCCUCGUCGGUCUUGUCAAUGGCGCCCCUUAUAUCGGUUCCGCCUUCGUCGGCUGUUGGGUAUCGGAUCCUCUCAAUUUUUAUCUUGGCCGUCGUGGGACAAUCUUCAUUGCGGCUAUCUUCUGUUUCCUCCCCAUCCUCGGUUCUGCGUUCUCUCAAACAUGGGAGCAACUUUUUAUUUGCCGUCUGCUUCUCGGGUUCGGGAUGGGUGCCAAGGGCGCAACUGUUCCUAUUUACGCAGCUGAAAACAGUCCAGCCGCUAUUCGUGGAGCUCUCGUUAUGUCCUGGCAAUUGUGGACUGCCUUUGGUAUCUUCCUAGGAUAUUCCGCCAAUCUUGCUGUCGCCCACACUGGAAAGAUCGCAUGGAGAUUGCAACUCGGUUCCGCCUUCAUCCCAGCCGUGCCACUGCUCUUCUUGAUAUUCUUUUGCCCUGAAUCGCCCAGAUGGUGUAUGAAGAAGAAUAGAUACCCACAGGCAUACAGGUCUCUUCUGCGACUUCGUAACGAUCCUCUUCAAGCUGCCCGUGAUAUGUACUAUAUCCACUGCCAACUCGAAAUUGAGCAGGAGAUUAUUGGCGACAGCAACUACAUCACUCGCUUCACGCAACUCUUCACCAUUCCCCGUGUCCGCAGAGCAACCCUUGCCUCCUUCACGGUCAUGAUUGCGCAGCAGAUGUGCGGUAUCAACAUCAUUGCUUUCUAUUCGUCUACUAUCUUCGCAAAGUCCGGAUUCUCACAAUAUCAGGCACUGUAUGCCUCCUGGGGUUUCGGUUUGAUCAACUUCUUGUUUGCGUUCCCCGCGAUCUGGACUAUAGAUACAUAUGGUCGCCGAACACUACUUCUCUUCACAUUCCCAAAUAUGGCUUGGUCUUUACUAGCAGCUGGUCUUUGCUCGCUCAUUGAUAUCCAUUUGACCGCCCAUUUAGCACUCGUAGCUAUGUUCAUCUACAUCUUCGCCAUAUUCUAUUCCCCCGGAGAAGGACCAGUCCCAUUCGCGUACUCCGCUGAGGUCUUUCCCCUGUCUCAUCGUGAGAUGGGUAUGGGUUGGGCUGUCGCCACUUGCUUGUUCUGGGCUUGCGUCCUCACCUUAUUCUUGCCUCUCAUGCUCACAGCUAUGAACACAGUUGGUGUCUUCGGGUUCUAUGCUGGAACGAACGUUAUCGCACUAGUGAUGAUCUUUCUAUGGGUCCCGGAAACCAAGCAACGUACCCUCGAAGAACUCGACUACAUCUUCGCCGUUCCCACUCGCACCCACAUGCGCUACCAAACCUUCACUGUUCUUCCGUGGUGGUUCAACACCUGGAUCAUGCGCCGAAACGUCGGUCCCCUCGAGCCUCUUUACAAGUUCGAGAACAGCGCCAACGACCAGGACAAGAUCGAUGCUAUGUACGCUGCCGACAUAGUCAGAGCUAACCGCAAGGCUAGCAAUAGCAUCGGAAGCGGGGUUCAGGUUGAGAACUUGGAGACCAUGGAGAAGCGAUUGUGA